AUGUCGAAACCUACAGAACUGGAAUCUCUACGCCGUCUGAGAGGAACAGCGAAAGGGAAGUUAAGUAGGAAAUGCAAAUUAUUACGAGAACAAGUAAGUGAAAAUUCAUCAUGGGACCAAAUUGAGUCGUACUAUAUGGAGGUUCAGAAAGCUUUCAGUGAGUUAGAAAUAUUACAUGGAAAAGUAACUGAAAAUAUGUGCCAAAGUGUAGAAGAAAAUUUUGAUAAGAAGCUAGAGGAAGAGGAACUCUAUAUAGAACAGGCUGAAAUAAUAAAAAAUGAAGCAUAUGCUCAGCUAAUGGCUAGCCGAAAGAAAGUGGAAGAGGAAUGUGCAACUGAGAAGUUAAAGAUUAAAGUAAAGCCAUUGGAUCCUCCAAAAUUUGAUGGAGAUAUCCGACAAUAUCAAACUUUUCGUAGCAACUAUAGAAAGAUUAUGACGGAAACUUAUGGGAAGAAUGCCUAUGCAUUAUUUCAGUGUUUGUCAGGAGAAGCAUUAAGUGUUGUUCAUGGGGUGGAGGAUGAUUUUGAUAAAAUGUUUUAUCGUCUUGAUCAGAGAUAUGCUGAUCCGAUUAGACUAACGGAUUGCAUAAUUGAACAGCUAAGAAAACUAAAACCAAUCCCUGAAGGUGACACUAUUAAAUUUAUUGAUGCAGUAAAUGUGAUUGAAAAUUGUUGGACAGACAUGCAGAGAAAUCAAUUAAAGGAACAAAUGUCUACUGUGAUUGUAAUAAGUUUGAUUGAGAAAAUAUUGCCUUCACAACAAAGGCGGGAUUGGACAAGAAUUUAUCAAGACUUGACGGACAAAUCAAGUGCCUUCCCAAACCUUAUGGAAUUCUUGUUGAAAGAAAGACAAAUACUGGAUUAUAUGGACAAAGAUGUACGCAAAUUUAGUCAACCAAAUAAAGCAAGUGUACAUAAUGUAGAAGUAAGUGAGAGGGAUGACCCUUUUAUUAGUGCCUUACAAAAAUUGCAAAUUCAACAAACCGAACACCAGGCAAAUAUAGAAAAUAUUUUGCAAAGGAUGACUCAGUUUAUAACAGGGAAUCCCAAAGUAACACAAUCUAGAUUUCCUUUGGGGCACAGUCAGAAAAAUUGCCAUGAAAGGAGAACAUGUUUUAUCAAAAUGAAACAUGGUAAUGUUUGCGGUAAACCACAUCAUCCUAAAUUACACUACCUGUUUUCACAAAUCAAUCCAAAUGAAGUGAAUAUCAAUAUCAACAAAUCAGAGAAUUCUAUUUUAUUAAUGAUUGGACAAGUUCACUGCAAAGACAGGGAAAUUGUUACUCUGUUUGACCCUGGAAGCACUAAUAGUUUGAUUACACACAGUAAAGCUCGAGAACUUGGUUUGUGUGGGAUUCCUUAUAACAUUACCAUGGUGACAGUAGGAAAUGUUUGUGAUACUGUUUCUACCAAACUUUAUGAAGUCCCUCUCAUAGAUGUCACAGGGAAGAUAAGGUCAGUACAUUGUGUAGGGAUUGACGAUAUUACUUCUGAAGUGAAACCAGUAGACAUAAGUGAAAUACACUAUAUAUUCGAUGUCUCCACAAAUACUGACAUAUUAAGACCUCAAGGGAAAGUAGACUUAUUAAUAGGUGCGGAUAAUUGUGACAUGAUCCCAAGUGUUGUGAAAACGGUAGGGAAAUUACAACUUAUGAAAGGACCUUUUGGUUACUGCAUCAGAGGUUCACAUCAGAACUUCAAGGAUAAUAAUACUAGAUAUUAUAGUGCAAAGAUAAAUCAUAUACAGAUUAACCGAGAAUUAGAUGCACUACAUGGAGAACCUUGGAAAACUUUAAAGGAAGAUUUGGAUAAUUUUUUCACAGUGGAUCAUUUAGGGACUAAUUGUAAACUUCAGUGUGAUAACUGUAGUAAUUGUAACAAAUGUAGUAGAGAAUUGGACAUUACUAUAAAGGAGGAAGAAGAAAUGAAAUUAAUACUCAAGGGUCUUAAUCAUCAAGAAAGGGAGAAGGUUUGGGUAGCACACUAUCCUUGGAUAAAGGAUCCAUAUCUUCUCCCUAAUAACUUUGCAGCUACAAUAAUGAGAUUAAAGGGAACUGAAAGACGAUUAAGAAAAUUAGGUGAAAUGUCUUCAAAAGCAUAUAAAGAACAAAUUGAUGAUAUGCUGAAAAGAGGAGUUGCAAAGAAAUUAACGAAAGAUGAAAUUAGGCAUUAUUCGGGCCCAGUACAUUAUGUUUCGCAUCACGAAAUCUUGAAACCUGAUUCCAUUUCAACACCAACACGUAUUGUGUUCAAUUCUUCUGCUUCUUACAAUGGACAUAUUUUGAAUCACUACUGGGCUAAGGGCCCUAAUGUAUUAAACAACCUCUUUGGUUUAUUACUUAGAUUUAGAGAGAAUCCUAUUGCAUUUAUCGGAGAUAUUUCAAAGAUGUUUAAUAGUAUAAGACUUUCAGAAUUUGACUGUCAUGUUCACAGAUUUUUAUGGAGAGGUUUAGAAGAUCGUCCUCCUGAUCAUUAUGCUUUGACAGCAGUUCCAUUUGGAGACAUUUGUAGUCCUGCUAUUGCAGUAUUGGCCAUGAGACAAACAGCAUAUAAAUAUAAAGAAAGAUUUCCUGAGGCUGCGAAUGUUAUUAUAGGUGACAGUUACAUGGAUGACAUAAUUCAUAGUGCAGACAACAUUGAUGAUGCUAUUGAAUGCAUGAAUGAUAUUGAAUAUAUUUUAAAACAAGGUAGUUUCCAUAUUAAGAAAUGGGUAAUGAAUGGGAAUCCACAUACUGAGAAUGACAUUAAUCUUUUGAAUACUGAAGGAGAAAAGGUACUCGGCAUAAUGUGGAAUCCUGAAAGAGAUGAAAUGUGGUUUAAAACAAAUUUGAGAUUCAUGCCGAAGAGGGAAUCCAAGAUUUCUUGUGUAACGGUUAGAUUAGAGACUCUUGAUAAGGAAUUCCCUGAGAUAUUAACUAAAAGACAAGUUCUCAGCCAGAUAGCUACCAUUUUUGAUCCCAUGGGAUAUGCUGCCCUAUCAUAUUAUGUGGAAAAUUAUUAA